AUGUCCUGCAAUUUCUUUUUUGGCCAAUUUAAUGUUUCAUUAGUUGUUCAUGUCAUGAAGUUUACUGAGAUUGAUUCAAGUUCUGUAGCCUCUGGUGUGAGUGUCUUUGGAGAGGAAGCCUAAAUUCAAAUUCCCGGACUCUGUCCCUAGAGUUUCUAACUCAUUACACCAAGUGUGGAGCCAAGAAAUUUGCCUUUCCAUAGAUCUUUGAGAGGAUGUCAGUCUGAUCCUGAUGAAACUUCUCCUCCUAAUACUCCUCUGUUUUUCUUUUGCAGUAAUAGUGAUUGAACCUAGGGUCUCGUGUUUGGCAGGCAGGCAAGACUCUACCUCUUGAGCCACACCUCUAGCCCUUUUGUUUACAUUUUGUUUUUGAAAGAAGAUCUCAUCAACUUUUCCUGGACUGGCUUCAAACAGGCUAACUUCCACCUCCAGAGUAUAAGAGAGUACAGUGCAUCCAAGGUUCAUGCAGCAUGCGGCCUUCCAUGCAGGCAGUGGCUCUCUGGGGAAAGAAGGCCCCUCCCCACAGCAUCACAGCUAUCAUGAUCACCGACGACCAGAGAAUGAUUGUGACCGGCAGUCAAGAGGGUCAGCUCUGUCUGUGGAAUCUCUCCCCUGAACUACAGAUUUCAGGUAAAGAACUCUUAUUUGGUCAUUCAGCUUCAGUCACAUGCUUGGCAAGAGCAAGGGACUUUUCUAAGCAGCCCUAUGUUGUCAGUGCUGCUGAAAAUGGAGAGAUGUGUGUUUGGAAUGUCAGCAAUGGACAGUGCAUGGAGAAAGCCACACUUCCCUACAGGCACACUGAAAUCUGUUAUUACCAUUGCUCGUUCCGGAUGACAGGAGAAGGCUGGCUUUUAUGCUGUGGAGAAUACCAAGACAUUCUUGUCAUCGAUGCAAAAACUUUGUCCGUUAUUCACAUGUUCACAUCCCAGUCUCCUGAUUGGAUCAAAUGUAUGUGCAUUGUUCACUCCAUGAGAAUUCAAGAAGAUUCUCUUCUUGUGGUAUCAGUAACAGGUGAACUCAAGGUUUGGGAUCUCUCCUCGUCUAUCAAUAGCAUUCAGGAGAAGCAAGAUGUCUAUGAAAAAGAAUCCAAGUUUUUGGAAUCUUUGAACUGCCAGACCAUACGAUUUUGCACAUACACAGAGAGACUUCUGUUGGUGGUGUUUUCUAAGUGUUGGAAGGUCUAUGAUUAUUGUGACUUUUCCCUUCUGUGGAUGGAAGUAGGCGGAAAUGGACAAUUUUUUGCCGGUGGAGAGGUGCUUGGGGCUCACAGAGUCCUCAUCUGGACGGAGGAUGGUCACAGUUACAUCUAUCAGCUGCUGAACAGUGGGCUUUCAAAAAGCAUAUACCCUGCUGAUGGAAAGGCGCUUAAAGAGACAAUUUAUCCUCAUUUACUGUGCUCCACUUCUGUAGGGGAGAACAAGAGCCUCCCCUUUGUUAUGGGCUACAUGAAUGAAAGAAAAGAGCCUUUCUAUAAGGUACUUUUCUCUGGAGAAGUCUCAGGAAGGAUUACUCUGUGGCACAUUCCAGAUGUCCCUAUAUCUAAGUUUGAUGGCUCACCCAGAGAGAUACCGAUAACUACUACCUGGACCCUUCAAGAUAAUUUUGAUAAGCAUCAAACAGUAUCUCAAAGUAUCAUGGACCAUUUCUCUGGGUUUAAAGAUGAAACAGGUAGUGUGAUAGUCACAUCAUCAGAAUAUGUGCCAAGUCUUGAUAAGCUCAUAUGUGGCUGUGAGAAUGGGACAAUUUUCAUCACCCAGGCUUUGAAUGCUGCCAAGUCAGGACUUCUAGAAGGCUGUUCUUUUCUAAAAGAUUCUCCCUCUAAUAGAGUUCUUAAAGGACAUCACCAAAGUGUUACUUCAUUACUUUACCUACAUAGCAUCUCUUCAAAAUUAGACCAAAGUUGGAUGGUGUCUGGGGAUCAAGGUUCAUGUGUCAUAUUGUGGGAUAUCUUUACUGAAGAAAUAUUGCACAAGUUUUCUUUGGAAGCUGGUCCAGUAACAAGUCUUUCGAUGUCACCAGAGAACUUCAGAUUCAGAGAUGAUCGGAUAAUCUGCUGUGUGUGCGGUGACCACUCUGUGUCUCUCCUUCACUUGGAGGGGAGGAGCUGCCUCCUGCGAGCCCGGAAACACCUUUUCCCUGUGAGGACAAUCAGAUGGCACCCUGUGGAAAACUUCUUAAUUGUUGGAUGUGCAGAUGACUCUGUCUACAUCUGGGAAAUUGAAACAGGUACUUUGGAAAGACAUGAGACAGGAGAAAGAGCAAGAAUUAUUCUUAAUUGUUGUGAUGAUUCAAAGCCUCUGAAGCUUGAACCAGUUCUUUCAGUUGCCUCAGAAACAAAUAAGCACAAAAGUCUAGAACAGAAAUCCUCCAGCUCCCACCAGCUUGGGUCAGUGUCCUGCCUGGGUCUGCAGGUGGACUCUUCAGGUAAGGUUACUGAUGCCAAGCCUUUCCCAAGACCUUUUAAUGUCUUGCCUGUGAAAACGAAAUGGAGUAGCGUUGGCUUUCAUAUUCUUCUCUUCGACCUGGAAAACCUUGUUGAACUUCUGUUGCCAACUCCACUUGGUGAUGUUGAUCCUUCCAGUUCCUUCUAUGGUAGUGACAUCCUGAGGAGAGCCAAGAGCACAGUAGAGAAGACCACACUGACCAUAAAAAGAAAUAAAGCUUCCUGCAAUUCCCUCCAGGCAGAGACACAGGCCAAGUCUACCUGUGACAGCCCCACCCUGGGAGAUAAUACCCUCAGAUUCUCUGAAGAAAAUGAUAGCAUUAAAAGGCAGAAAAAGAUGAAGAACUCCAAGAAGAUGAACCCAAAGCCAUCAAGAAGAGUGGAUGUCAAGGUCACAAUAGACACAGCGAAGUUGUUCCUGUCCUGCCUGUUGCCCUGGGGAGUGGAUAAAGAACUUGACAACCUCUGCAUUAGGCAUCUCCACAUCUUGAAGCUGCAGGGUCCCGUGUCUUUGGGACUUGCUGCCAGUGAAGACCACUUCUCACUGAUGCUCCCUGGCUGGGACUUAUGCAGCUCGGAAAUGAAGAAAGAGACCUCGAGAGUAAAUUUGUUUUCCAGAAAAGUUUUGGACUUAUCUAAUAAAUACACAGCUGCUCUUCCAAACCAGGUCACUGCACCAACAGGAUGGGACAAUAAUUAUGAUUCUCUGUCAGAGUCAAAUACUAUAGUCUAUUUGUUGAGCAGACUGUUUUUAGUUAAUAAGUUAGUCGACAUGCCUUUGGAGUUGGCCUGUGAACUUGACAGAUCCUUCAAAACCGAAUCUUUACAUAAUAAGAUGAAAAGUCCUGGGAGUGAUGGUUCAAAUUUUUCCAGCUUCUAUGGUUACUUAAGAAAUGGUAAGCAUGAAUCUUGUACACCUGAGGCCGAUCUUUCACUUUUGAAGCUGAUCUCCUGCUGGAGAGACCAGUCUGUGCAGGUAGCUGAAGCAAUACAAGCAGUUCUCUUGGCUGAAGUUCAACAGCACAUGAAGAGUCUGAGAAAGACGCCAAUCAACAGCCUACCAGAGUCCGUGGCUGAGAGCAGUAGCUCUUUGAUAACGCAGACCCCAGCCAGGAUGGAACGGGCUGAAGAAAUGGAGUUACAGUGUAUAACAAACAUUUCCCCUCCACAGACUCUAGUCUGUCCGGUCAAGCAUGACAGCAACUCAAACUCGGCAAACUUCCAAGAUGGUGAGGACAUGCCUGACAGAUGUGUCUUAGAAGAGUCGGAGAGUCCAGAUCAACCAAGACGCCACCCCUGGAUAGCAAAGUUGUGCUCCUGCAAGAUGUGCUAAGUGGAACUGCGCUGUACACUCUGGAUCCAAACAAA